GCCAGUAAACCGGAAACAAACUUCUGCAGUCAUGAAUGUCUACUUGUUGUUUCUGUUUUUCAGCAUUUGUUUUAGAAGCGCCAAAGCCUGGGGUGUUUCUGGGAGUGUGUACUGCUCGUCACGGAUGUGUACAUACAAAGAAGGUAAAGUUGAUGUGAAAGGCUCUACAGCAACAGGAUCCUAUGAUGACAGACUGUUGGAGACUGGCUGGGGGAUACUUAACGUGAACGCAGGAAAUGGACGCCCCUCCACCAAUGAUGACAUCAUGUUCGGUGCUGGGUACUUGGAAGGUACCAUGACAGCAGCGCGCAUUUACCAACACUACAUUAACCUGAGAAGUGCUCUGCUGGGAACGGUUUCUGCUGACACUAUAGCCAAACUGAAGAAAUUCUUGGAUGCUCAGGAUGAGUGGAUGAGAGUGAUGAUUAAGAAACAUGGCCAUUCUGAUCCUCUAUGGAGACAUGUGUCCUACGUUCUGGCACAGUUUGAUGGGCUAGUGGCAGGCUACAGGGACAACGCUCUCAAAAAUCAGAGCUUAGAUGUGUUUGCUUUCCAAGUGCUGAAUGGAAAUGGAGACCUGCUAGAUCUGUUACGAGUUGUUGACUUAAGCAGAAGACCCAUCUUCUCCAAGAUGACCAAGACAGAGCUCAAGGAUUAUGUUCUCAAAAACAGUCGCUGUUCAGCGCUUGUUAAGGUGCUGCCUGGAUAUGAGAAUGUAUUUAUGUCCCAUUCUUCCUGGUUUCUUUACUCUGCCACAAUGAGGAUUUACAAACAUUAUGAUCUCAAUGUUGCUGACCCAGCCACCAGUGCCAAAAAAAUGUCCUUUUCCAGCUAUCCAGGUUUCUUGGAGUCUCUGGAUGACUUCUACAUUCUGGGCAGUAAGAUGGUGAUGUUGCAGACAACUAAUAAUGUGUUCAACACCACCUUGUAUAACUAUGUACAGCCAGAGUCUCUGCUAGCCUGGCAUCGGGUCCGUGUUGCUAGUAUGAUGGCUGCUACAGGCAAACAGUGGGCAGAGACUGUGGCUCAGUACAACUCAGGUACUUACAAUAACCAGUACAUGGUGAUAGAUCUGAAGCAAAUUGAGCUGAAUAAAACCCUCCAUGACAAUGCCCUGUGGGUUGUGGAACAGAUCCCUACUCUGGUGGCUGCUGCUGACAAGACAGACGUUCUCAGAACAGGUUACUGGCCCUCGUACAACGUACCAUUCUUUGAAGACGUGUACAACCUGAGCGGCUACCCAGACAUUGUGGCUGAGAAGGGUGUGGACAUGUCAUAUCAACUGGCACCCAGGGCCAAAAUAUUCCGCAGAGAUGCCGACAAGGUGGUAGACAUGGAGACUAUGAAACGCAUCAUGAGAUACAAUGAUUUUAAGCAUGACAAAUAUUCUGAGAACGUUGCCUGCGAUACAAUCUGUUGCCGUGGUGAUUUGCUAGGCCAGCCGGAGCCUCUUGGUUGUUAUGACACAAAAGUUACAGACUUCUGGAAUGCUUUGAUGUUUUCGGCAGACAUUAUUAACGGCCCUACAUUAGGAACUGAUCUGCCGCCAUUUCGCUGGUCCGAGUUUGCCAAUGCCUCGCAUAUAGGUCUGCCUCCUGUGUAUAACUUCUCUUUUAUAAACACAAAGCCAAAAAAUAUGGUUUAGAAACCUUCAUGUCAAACAAGAAGAGGAGUGACAUGUAUAUAAAUCUACAUUAAACAGCUGUAGACUUGUAUACUGGGUACUCUACCAUAUGAGAUGAAGAGCCUGUGAUCAUGAUUUAAGAUUAAAACCAUGUGGAGUUCAUCAUACUUGGGCUGCUGUUGUCAGCCACUUGAGUAAUGAAGGUGUUUGUUCGAAUUCAACUCUUACUUAUAUCAGCUGCAUUUUUAAGUCCAGGGUUUGUCAGGUACCAGGGAAAACGUGGUGGUUUACUUUGUGAACUCCAGUUUAAUCUGACAGCAGUCAUAAUCUUGAGUAUAGUGAUGGACACCAGUAAAAUACAUUAACAUAAUGAACCUAAUCUAUAUGCUUACGUGUUAUUUAAUGCAUUGUGACGUAUUUUGAGGGAAUUAAACUGUUGCAGAGAUAUGUUUUUAUAUGCAUUGGCCUUAAAAAUUCACUCUGUGAGCUUCUCUGAGGCGUAUAAAGGUCAUAAAAUUUCUUUUGGAGCUGAAAAAUUUAUAUUUUUCCUGUGGAACGCCAACCUGUCUUCUAAAUGAACACCAAAUCGCCUUUGUAAAAUCAAUAGAACUCAGAAUCAGGUAAAAUGAAUUUGCGUCAUAGACGAAACUGUAUGUCAGAUACAGAUGGUAUGUAUUUCAUAUGUUUGUACUGGGGCUCUAGUGCUGAAGUGAACAACUUGCAUAAGACUUGUUUGGGGGGGGGGGGGUUGUUUUUUUUUCUUCUGUUUUUGUGUCUUUGUUUUCGUUAUUAAAGAAAUGCCAAGGAUGCCUCGAGGAUAUGCCUCAGUUAUAUGCCUUGAAAUGUGAUAAGAAGGUUGACGAAUUAGGAUAUGAAUAUACAUAUUCAUCACGACUGUAUUUUGUAACACUUGAAUGUUACUUGUAUGAAUGAUUUGUAAAUUGAUUGUAAAUAAUAAAAUUAAGGUUGAUCUGCACGCUUUCCUAUUUUGACAAUGCUAACGGACGAGUCCUUCAACACUUAAACUUCGCGGCACUAUAGAAGAAUAAAGAGAUGACCAGCUGGACUUCUGUUAAAUCAAGUUUAUACCAGCCAAUCGAUGCAGUACUCUUAAGUUUUUGGAGAUUGUAGGAUUUUAUGUAAUGUUCUUUUAAUUUUUAUGUAGUAAAUAUUUUUGAAACACAUCUGUAUGUUCAUAAAUCACAUGAUGUGGCUUGUGUUCUGUUUCAUAACUCUGGUUAUGUGAUGGUAAUUUUUUGUAUUUAAUAGUUCUGUUUAUGCGAUGGCAGUCUUGCAAAAUGGCAAUUCGUCUGUGAUAAUUGAUAAUUUUUCUCCUCUGCACGUUCGACAACUCAAAACUUUACAAAAAUACAAUUCCCUU